UUAGAGAAUAAAACAGAAUUUUAAGAAUUUGUUGGGAUGAAAAACAUAUUUAAUAAAAGAUAAUAAUUAUGACAUUAUAAAGUGUUCUAAAUUGUGGCAGGUGUUAUGUUCUUAAGUUUGGGAGGAAAGAGACUAGAAAAGAAAGUUUGUGAGGAAAGAUAACAGUCUGAGUGGGUGUGGUUUUUCCAUCUAUACAUCAUUACUCAUAAAAUCAGCUCAGAUUCACGUUCAGCUACUUCAUCUUCUUUACAAAGUUAGAAUUUCAGAGAUAUGGAAACAAACGUUGUACUCACAAAGCCAUUCACAAUAGAUCACAACAAAUCAUCGGAUUCCAAUGGGAAUUAUAAAGCACCAAUUUUUUUGCAGCAAGUACUAAGUCUCUUUAAGAAUGUGCAGUUAGGAUCUGAUUUGUCACGCUUCAAGUUACCACCUACCUUCAAUAUGCCUAAGUCACAGCUUCAAUGGUAUGGUGAAUGUGUAUAUUCCACAGGUGUAGAUUUGAUAAACAGCAUCAACAAUGGGAAAACACCAUUGGAUAGAUUUAUAUCAGUAGUUGCAUGGAGCAUUUCUACUACACGACCACAAACUUUUGGAGUUGUUCCCUACAAUCCCAUUCUUGCUGAAACUCAUCAUGUUUCCAAAGGAAAUCUUAAUGUCUUGCUUGAACAGGUUUCACACCAUCCUCAGGUAUCUGCCUUACAUGCCACUGAUCGGAAGGGAAACAUAGAUAUUACAUUGUGCCACUCUCCACUUCCAAAGUUUGUUGGUACUGGAGUAGAGGUUGACAUGCAUGGUAAACGACAUCUGCAUCUCCAUAAUCAUGGAGAGACAUAUGAAAUGAAUUGUCCUAAUUUCUUAUUCAGAUUUCUUCCAAUUCCUGGUAUUGAUUGGGUUGGCAAUGUCACUAUCCGGUGCCUAGAAACAGGCCUUGUAGCAGAAUUAAGCUACAUUAGACAAUCUUUCUUUGGAUUUGGGUCGGGAAAUCGAAGACGGAUAAAAGGGAAGAUCUUUGAUUCAUUAACAAAGAAUGUUCUUUAUAAAGUUGAUGGUCACUGGGACAGCACUGUAAUAUUGAAGGAUGCAACUAAUAAUGCAGAAGUAAGGGUAAUAUAUGAUGCAAAAGAAGUUCUUUCAGGGCUCCAUACUCCUUUUGUUAAGGAUCCAGAGGUAAUAAUAAAUAACAAAGCAUGUAUUAAGAGUGUGUGGCAAACAGAAUCAGCUCUUGUUUGGGGUGAGUUAAGCCAAGCCAUCAUAAGCAACAAUUGGGGAAAAGCAAGAGAGGCAAAGAACACUGUGGAGGAAACUCAGAGGAUUCACCUUAGAGAAAGAGAGUCAAAAGGGGAAACUUGGGUUCCUAAAUAUUUUACAGUGACUCAUAGCAAAGAAGAUGGCUGGAAAUGUUCACCAAUUCAAAAGUGGGUCCCAGAUGCCCCUAUUGCCACCUUAUAAUUAUUUAUCUGGAUGUUGUCUGGGUCGUUUGAUCUCAAAUUAAUGCUUGAGAUUGUUUACUACGUGUGACUACUUGUGUUUCUGUUACAAUUCUUAAUAUGAUAAGCAUGUUGGAUUGUCAA